AGAAGUGAAGGGAGCAGGAAGGUGGACACAGCUACAAAUAAGGCUAAGAGAAUGAGUGAGGUGUAGAUGGGAAAGGGAUUGGCAUAAAAUAAGAGCAAUAAAAGCACAGAGAAAAAAGGAGGUAUUCAUGAAGCUGUAACCACCUAUGACUACAAAUGCCGGCUCCAGCUGUACAAACUGCGGCUCCACCAGGCCCUCCACGCCUGAGGUUGGAUGAGAAGGUCCUUUCAUUUGAAUUCCUACUUCUGGACGUCCAGUUUAAUGAGCUUGGUCAGUACCAGUUCAUCCUGCGAGUGGAGAACCCAUUACUCGACGGCUCAGUGGAGAAUGUCCAACUUAGUGUCAACCAUGGUGACCUAGUCCAGAGUAAUCAGGCUGAGUCUGACAUUGUAGAACAAACGGACCUGACAGAGACGCUCAUCUUCCAAAAGAACACCUACCUCUUCAUUCUCCCACAAGGCCUCUGCAAGAAUGAUAAACACCAUGAUGUCCGGCUGAGUAUUGAUGUCUUAAAGGUUGGAGGUGGCAAGGGAAAAAAAGUAGGACAGGCCCUAUUUGCCAUCUAUCCUCGAACCAACCAACCGCGUAUUAAUUUACGUGCUGCCCCCUUUGAACCUCUUUACAACUACCAGGGGAUCUUGGCACUACUUCGCGUUGGAGGGAACUGGAUGGCCAUGCACUGUGGCCGAUUGGCGUACAAUGUCUGCUUUAGAGAAUAUAAGCCCCCCAAACCAAAAGAUAAUCUUAAAUCCAUUUCUCCCCGACCAGCCAUCAUGAGGACUGGAACUUCACAUCCUGCGACCCCUAGAAAUGACCCCAACCAACCAAGCACCUCUAAAAAAUAUUCUCCUAGGCCGGACUCUUUCACAACCCCCAUUGCUCAGUCAAGCACCCCCAGACCAAACCCUAGUAUGGCUGAUACUUCAAAAUCUGACACUCUACCUGCCAACAACACGUCUGAAGACCUCGAUCUCAACACUGAACAAGAACACGGGCAGUCUCCUGAUUCUGUUUCAAGAGAAGAACAGGAUGAAGUCACAGACGGUUCGGAUGGUACUCCAUCUCCCACCCCAAGGCUUCAGGUGUCCACCAGAUAUCCUGAUGAUGCUCCUCUUCUUCUACCAUCCCCGCCAAGGACAUCAAGCCCUAGAAAAAGGAUGCACGUUACAGAGAAACCUCUGACGCAUAGUGAGCCCAUGCAUGGAUCACAUGGACAAUCUAGCUUCCUGUCCCCACACGGGACAGAAACCAUUGUUGUUACCCUGCACUCAGCCACUCAUCUCCCGUCAACUACAGCUGGCUCCGCUCCUUGUCCUUUUGUCACUAUGAUGAGCAGCUCAAAUGACAGGGAUGGAGUAAAGGCCCAGAGCAUCUCGCAUACAACCCAGGUCCCAACUCAUGACCCAACCUGGGGGGAGACACUAACCAUGACUGUGAGUGAGGAAGAGGCAGAGCAAGAAGAACUGCUGCUGACUGUGGCGGAUUCUCCCUCUUUGGAUGCGCUGCUUACAUAUCGUCUGCCUCUUAGAGUCCUGCGUCCCUUCCACACCUAUCAUCUCAGCAUGGUGCAGUCUCCUGAUCAGGUUCCAGGAGGAAGCUGCCUGAAUGUCACCAUUCAACGAAAGAGCAGUGUCCUUAAGCAGCAGGAUGGUUUUACGUACAGUGCCUUGCAGGUCUUGUUAGUGGGUGUGGAGACUCCUCUGGUUGGAUCGGCACAUCCAGUCGUUGCUGUGGCACGGAUUGUACCCAACUAUCUAGACUACAGCAAGUGCCUGAAGCCUCCUGGGGCACGUGGGGUGCCACACACAACGCUCAAUUUCCCCGAUUCUGCCCUUUCCAGUUUUGAGAUACCACAGACUGCCUCUGAGGGUCAGCCACAGGUCUCCGGUCUUGGACUUCCAAAUUCUCAGCCUAUUUGGAAUUCCUCCUACUUGUUUCAGGGGCGAGAUGGAGUUACCCUUUUUAGUGAAGGGGCAGCAUUGAUCCUGGAGUAUUACACAGUCACAAAUGUUUCUAGGCACGUCCCCUGGAACCUGUCGGAAUAUUGUGGGUUCUCCGUUGUCCCCUUGGACAUGGACGUCUACCAUGAACUGAUGUCCGACAGUAACAGCAAAGGAAAGACAUUUACUGGGGUAACCAUACAGGAUUCGGGUCUUAAAACCGCUUCUGGAGAACUACCGUCUGUGCUUCUAAAACUGCUACUUCUGAGAACGGAGCGUCCAGAGUUCUUUCUGAGCCCACUGGAGGUUCAGACCCGCCAUGCUGUGCCUCCCCCCACACAUGAAGGAACAGAAACCAGAGACAGUGAAGAGCUGCAAAAAGAUGGACCUUUGUUCCCACCUCACAAUGCUCUGUCUGACAUCCUUCCCAACCCAUGGUCACAUCCAACACUUGUUGAUCCAAAGCCUACAGAACCCGGAAGCGAACAUGGACCUACCAACCCAUCUCCCCGACACAUAAGCAAUAAAGACAUGGACUUACCUGCAGACCCUGUGAUGGAGCACCAAGAACAGGAAAUAGCGAAUUAUCGGCUUGCUAUGCAACGCAUGGCGGAUGACAUCAUUAGCCUGCGCCGUCAGAUGAGUGGAUUAGAAACUGAAAACAGCCGACUGCGAAGUGAACGUAGCAUGUUACAGGAUGCAGGGCAGAGUCUCCUUAGUGAUGCUGAUAUUGACGUUAUGACCAAGGCGGAGCUCGCUGAUCGACUUGUAACUCUCAAAUACAAGUUGGCCAGUGAAACAUCAGACCUCCGGGGAAUGAGAGACAGAGUUCAGCAGCUACAAAACGAAUUGGUCAGGAGAAAUGAUCGCGAGAAGGAGCUUUUGCUUAUAAAGAGAGCACACCAGCAACAGCAGGUCGUACUACAGCAGUACCACCAGAAGGCGAGCCGGAGCAGGACCUUACAAGACACGGUGCGCAAGCAGGAGAAGGUUAUCGAGAAGAUGGAGAAACUAUUGGAUGAUAAAUUGCGAGAGGAAAAAAGAAAACGAGUGCCAGGAGGAGAGAAAGAUGGCCGGGUAGACUUUCUGCAGAAUGAGAUCUAUGCUACGUUACUAGGCGAGAACUCACGUCUGAGAGAGGAGCUUGAGGGUGCAAGACAACCACUGAUAACCGUGCAACAGAAUGUCCCAUCUCAGGAAACAUUUUCUGCCGCAGAGAAAUUUUCCCUUCUCAGUAAACUGGAGAAAUCUCAUGCUAGAGUGCAGAGCUUGGAACGAGAGCUGGAAGAGGCUGCACGGCGAUGGGGUCGUGAGAAGCAGGACCUCCUGACUCGGCUCUCUGAACAGGAGAUGGGAUUCAGCCGCACUCAAACCACAAUCCUGCACCAUUUUCCAACGAAGGACCCGGACCUACCUUCCAAGAGGCCUUCUAAGCUGCAUCCUUUAGUCUGACAUAGAUGGUGCAUAAAGACAAAAUUGGAAAUAGAACAUAACGUUUCAAA